AUGAAGCUCACCACCAUCGUCCUUGCUGCUCUUGGCGCUGCCUCUGUUCGGGCCGCCUACACCACCCUUCCCAAGUGGUGUGCUCACCCCGGUCAGGGCUGCUACAUGAUGAAGCGCUCCGCCGAUGCUUCCUACACGGUCAAGCGUUCCGCUGAGGCUCUCGCUGAAGCCAUGGCUGAGUCUUUCCCUGCUGAGAUCCCCAAGUGGUGUGCUCACCCCGGUCAGGGUUGCGCCAAGGUCAAGCGUGCCGCCGCUGCCGCUGAAGAAGUUCAGCGCUCUGCCGAUGCUCUCGCUGAUGCUAUGGCUGCCCUCGACGCCCAUGUCGAUGAGGAGUAA